AGUCAGCAGACAUUCCUGCCCUCAGGAUGGCGAAAAACCUUAGCAGCACUCGGAUUGCUCUCUGCAGCACUCCAGCUUGGAGGCUGGAUAAGUUCAUAGAGGGUCACCUCCUUGGUGACAUCACCUUCCUUACUGAGCUCAGAACAGACGUGAACUCCAUAAGUGCUUUCCUGAAGGAGAGAUGCUUCCAAGGUGCCGCCCACCCUGUGAGGAUCUCCAGGGUUGUGAUGGGUGGUUCCUACAAUCGAUACACCAUGCUCAAGGGCAGGUCAGAGGUCGACCUAUUGGUAUUCUUUAAUAAUCUCACCUGCUUUGACGAUCAGUUCAAGCUACAGAAAGAGGUCAUCGAGGAAAUUCAGAAACACCUGUGCCAGUUCCAGCAAGAAAAACGACUGAGAGAGAAGUUUGAGGUCCAGAGCUCAGACCAGCCCAACUUCAGGUCCUUGAGCUUCAAGCUGAGCUACCCCAAGUUUCAGCAGGAGGUGGAAUUUCAUAUGCAGACAGCCUAUGAUGCCCUGUAUGAAGUGAGAAGAAAAGAGCGUCGUAACUGUGACAUUUACAACAAAGUAUACGCCCGACUCAUCCGUGAGUGCACCAUGCUGGGCAAGGAGGGCGAGUUCAACAUCUGCUUCAUGGAGCUUCAGCAAGACUUUCUGUGGAAACGUCCAUGCGAGCUGAAGAACCUCAUCUGUCUGGUCAAGCACUGGUAUCAACUGUGUAAGGAGAAGCUGAGGGAGCCGCUGCCCCCACAGUACGCCCUGGAGCUGCUCACUGUCUACGCCUGGGAACAUGAGCUUCCAGACAAACACGAAACAGAGACAGCUCGGGGUUUCCGAACCGUCUUAGAACUGAUCACUAAGUACCUAUGCCUUCGAAUCUACUGGACAUUGUAUUAUGACGUUCUACAUGAACAGGUCAAUGCCUACCUGUACUCACAGGUCAAAAGAGUCAGUCCUCUGAUCUUGGACCCAGCAGACCCAACAUGGAACGUGGCUGGUUUAAACUUACAGGGCUGGUGCAUACUGGCAGAAGAGGCAAAAGCCUGGCUGGAUUACCCAUGCUUUAAGAACAGGGAUGGUUCCCGAGUGAGCUCCUGGGAUGUGCCGCCAGAGAGAAAAGGAUGUGUCUUCCUGUGAGCAACCAAGCAUCUGUCAGGGGCAUGUCCUCCUCUGCUGUAAGACUUUGACCUAGAGAGGACAGGAUGGUGCUCAUGGAGCCAGCGAGGGACAUCCAACUUGUGAUCAGACCCCAGGCUUCUGAUCCCUGCCUGCCCGUGGACAGCCUUCCUCACAGCCUGUUUCAUCUGCCUAAGCCUCUAACAGUGUUUUCUGGGAGUUAGGCUGUGAUGGACAGAGAUGAACGCAAGAUUGACUUCCAUCUGUCCACCUGUUGGGAGGUUCUGUCCAAUAGUGGCUGAUCAUCAUCAACAAACCACAGCAAGCCAUGAGGGGGGUGUGCACUCUGAGGGAUCCAUCCUCAUCUCACAUAGAAACUCUUCCACAGCUGCACAUGUCCCUGGAGCCAUGGGAAUCUGUCUAGUGAUCAUCGAAGUGCACUGUUUCUGCAACAUGCAGGCUGGGUUUCUGGCAGUGCAGGAGAAUAAAAUUGCAUGGACUUUGAAAUUUUGAUGUGUGUUUGUGAGGAUGAAAUUUGAAGCACUGAAUUAAAGCAAAAUGCAUCAAAUGAAA